ACUCUCUGCAGACAAACGCUGGCUCCCCUGGCCAGGAAACGGAGAUGAGCACCGCCCCCUGGAGUCAGGCAUGACUGGACUUAAUGUCAAGGGGAAACCUUUCCCUUUAGCUUAAAGUGUUCCCUGUGCAUUUAAUGCCUUCCUCUCCUUACAGGUUUUCCCUAAAAAGCUCGUGGCUUUUUCCACGUGGAUCGACAGGACGCGAUGGGCCAGGAACACAUGGGCCAUGUCCGCCAUUUUCAUCCUUACCGUGGCAGAUAUUGUAGACAUGCUCAGCUGCCAGCAGUCCUACACCGUGGCCAACGGGACGACGCCGGCGCUGCUGCCCGGCGGCUGCGUGCAGAACCCCGAGUACUACAGCUGCAUCGCCGUGCUGGCGCUCAUCGCGACCCUCAUGCUGGUGCAGGUCAGCCACAUGGUCAAGCUCACGCUGAUGGCAACGAUCACGGGGGCCGUGGGCGUCGUCAACAUCCUCGCCUGGCGGCACAUCUUUGACAAGUACGACCUGGAGCGCUUCCGGGAGAGCACGUACUCGCUGGUUCCCUCCAAGUACUCCAUGACGGUCAUGAUCCUGGUGAUGAUGCUCAGCUUCUACUACUUCUCACGCCAUGUGGAGAAGCUGGCCAGGACUUUGUUCCUGUGGAAAAUCGACGUCCACGACCAGAAGGAGCGUGUCUACGAGAUGAGGCGCUGGAACGAGGCGCUGGUGACGAACAUGCUGCCGGAGCACGUGGCUCGCCACUUCCUCGGCUCCAAAAAACGAGACGAGGAGCUGUACAGCCAGUCUUACGACGAGAUUGGCGUCAUGUUUGCCUCCCUGCCCAACUUUGCCGACUUCUACACGGAGGAGAGCAUCAACAACGGCGGGAUCGAAUGCCUGCGCUUCCUUAAUGAAAUCAUCUCGGAUUUUGAUGCGCUCCUGGAUGAUCCCCAGUUCCGGUGCAUCACCAAGAUCAAAACCAUUGGCAGCACCUACAUGGCGGCUUCAGGCGUGACCCCUGACGUCAACACGAACGGCUAUAACAGUGCCGUGAAGAAGGAAGACCUUUCAGACAAGGAGCGGUGGCAGCACCUGGCAGAUCUUGCGGACUUUGCCCUAGCGAUGAAAGAGACGCUGAUGAACAUUAACUACCAGUCCUUCAAUAACUUCAUGCUGCGAAUAGGCAUGAAUAAAGGAGCGGUCCUGGCAGGGGUCAUUGGUGCCCGUAAGCCUCACUAUGACAUCUGGGGGAACACGGUGAAUGUGGCCAGCCGGAUGGAGUCCACAGGCGUCAUGGGAAACAUUCAGGUGGUGGAGGAGACCCACUUGAUCCUGAAGGAGUAUGGCUUCCGCUUCGUGCGCCGGGGCCACAUCUACGUCAAGGGCAAGGGCGACCUGCUGACUUACUUCAUGAAAGGCCGCGAGAAGCAGGGUUCCUUCAUCAAUGGCUCCUGCGUGACUUUGCCCCACCAGGUGGUCGACAGCUCCUGAAGGCUUCCAAGC